CGCGGCCACGCCUUAGCAGCCAUUUCGCCAGGCGUCCGAGAUGCUGUCUUAACGGUGGGCAACGCCGCUCGGAGACAGCACCGGCUACUGCUACUGCUCGUCCGCAUCACGGCCCUGCUACGGAGGCGUCCAGUCAUCAUUAGCAACAUGGCGGCUCGCGAAUCUAAGGCGGCACCGUCGCCAACACCUCCGCCAGGGCUGAUUCCUCCUGUGGUGGUUCAGCCAGGUGUAGAGAAACUCGACUCUCCAGUGACAUUGACCGACGAUACACUCUUCCCCAUUUCCAGCUUCGCAAUGGCCAAAACAGACAAGCGCAAGCGUCAAAUGCCACAAUGCAUAGCGCAUCGCGGUUACAAGGCAAAGUGGCCGGAAAAUACGAUUCUGUCGUUUGAGAGGGCCAUCGAAGCAGGUGCACAUGCAAUCGAGACAGACAUGCAUCUCACAAAGGACGAUGUUGUCGUUUUGAGCCAUGAUGCUACCUUGAAGCGCUGUUUCGGCAAGAAUGAAAAGAUCCUCGACACGAACUGGGACGAGAUCAAAGACCUUAGAACGCUGGCAGCACCACAUGUGCCAAUGCCGAGAUUAAAAGACCUUUUGCACUGCUUGGCCCAACCUGGUAUGGAGGAGAUCUGGAUCUGCCUUGAUAUCAAGCUCGAUAACAAUGCAGACGACAUUAUGAGACUCAUUGGCUCAACUAUCGAGGAAGCUCCGCCGUCGCAAGGGAAGCCAUGGAUGAAAUCAUCACGCUCCAAGCAGGCCAGUGCGGCAACAGCGUCGGCUCCCAAUUCUGGCGACAACUAUGCCUCGAGCAUGGCAUCGAUCAGAAUGGAAACCUUGCAGAUUUCGCGACCGAAGGCGGUGACCGCAAAGAUGUAUUCUUCUACCAGUCCGACGAUACACGCUACAUACCGCGAGCGAUCCUCCUUGAUUUGGAACCGAGAGUGAUCAACGGCAUUCAGACUGGGCCAUAUAAGAACAUCUACAACCCGGAGAACUUCUACAUUCACAAAGAGGGCACAGGUGCGGGCAAUAACUGGGCUGCAGGGUAUGAUAUGGGAGGGCAGGUGCAAGAUGAAGUGCUGGACAUGAUUGAUCGCGAAGCAGAUGGAAGCGACAGCCUUGAGGGCUUCAUGUUGCUGCACUCCAUCGCAGGCGGUACAGGAUCAGGCCUUGGCUCUUUCCUCCUGGAGCGACUCAACGACCGCUUCCCGAAGAAAUUGAUUCAAACCUACUCUGUCUUCCCUGAUACGCAGAAUGCCGGCGAUGUCGUUGUCCAACCGUACAACUCCCUGCUCGCCUUGCGAAGAUUGACUCAGAACGCCGACGCUGUGACUGUUCUGGAUAAUGGCGCUUUAUCGCGCAUAGCAGCAGAUACGCUCCACGUCCAAGAGCCGUCUUUCGAGCAAACUAACCAGUUAGUCAGCACUGUCAUGUCUGCAGCGACCACAACCUUGCGAUAUCCUGGGUACAUGCAUAACGACCUCGUUGGCAUUGUGGCAAGUCUGAUACCGACUCCGAGAUGCCACUUCCUGCAGACGAGCUACACCCCCUUCACAGGCGACAAUGUGGAAGCUGCACGAACAGUGCGGAAGACCACUGUAUUGGAUGUCAUGCGACGUCUCCUGCAACCUAAGAACCAGAUGGUAUCUGCCAAACCCAGCAAGAAUAGCUGCUACAUUUCCAUCCUGAACAUCAUCAUGGGCGAAGCAGACCCGACAGAUGUACACAAAUCGCUGCUCCGCAUCCGAGAAAGGAACCUUGCAUCUUUCAUCCCGUGGGGACCAGCGAGCAUCCAAGUUGCCCUGACCAGAACUUCUCCUUACACACAGCCACCUUACACAACACGUGCGCCGCCUCGUGUAUCAGGUCUCAUGCUCGCCAACCAUACCGGAAUUGCAACCUUGUUUAAGCGCAUCGUCUUCCAGUACGAUAGAUUAAGGAAGCGCAACGCCUUCCUCGAGCAAUACAAGCGUCACGAGCCUUUCCGAGAUGGUUUCGCAGAGUUUGACACGUCGCGAGAAAUCGUGAUGGAUCUGAUAAACGAGUACGAAGAAGCCGAACGAGCCGACUACUUGACUGGUGCAGCCACGGACGAGCCAGCCAACGGUGGCGCGGAUCCUAGAACCGAUGGUGCCACAGGCCGAUGA